GGUUAGCUCAUGACAUAAUCAUCAAUCCAGUGUUAAAACAGCAAUGAAUAUCUGGAGAAGCGUCUGAGCUUGCUGAGAUAACUUAAAACAUCAGCAAAGGAAAGAAAAGCAGGAUACUCGAGAGCAUUUCGCUUGCUCAACUUUUAAUGAGAGGAUAAUAAUCCACAAAGUCUCUGCGAAAUGACGAAGGUUGUACGUCUUGGUACACCCAAUUUUGAUCUUGCGAGCAGACAGUCUGGGACCGAGUUUCCCCUCGAUGGUUACGAUAUAACCAAAGUCCCCGAUGAAACUCUGAUCGAACUCUUCAAUACUGCGCCAUUGCUCCACGACUAUCAGGGAACACGUAUUGUGCGCCUCUCCCGCACGUUGGUUCUCAAAGGAGGGGAGCUUGUACGACCAUGUGAAGCAGAAAUUAUGAAGCUAGUUGAGGCAAAAACAUCAAUCUCGGUCCCUAAAGUUCAUCGAGUUCUCAAUAUCAAGACACAAGACACAUUUUUCGGAUGCCACUGCUACUUUAUCAUGGAUUUUAUUGAAGGCGAUAUUAUCCAGGACUGUUGGGAGGACUUAAGUCAGGCUCAGCGCGAAGAUGUUGUUUCCCAGGUGGCUUCUAUUUUUCUUGCUUUGCAGUCAGCUCAGGUACCCCAACAACCAGGCCCGGUAGACUGUCAAUUUUGCAAGGCCAAAGGGUGCUGGUUUAGUGAUAUAGGAGGUGGUCCAUUCAGGGAUGUUACAGCAAUGGAGGCUUGGUUUAACCGCAAACUUGAAAUUUGCCAAAGUUUCAAGCAAGCUCCAGAUACUGUUCCACUGUUCAGUUUUGAUAAGUUGGUUCUUACACAUCAAGAUAUUGCACUCCGGAAUUUGAUACUGGACCCCAAGGGCAAGGUUUGGCUGAUUGACUGGGGUGAUGCUGGGAUUUAUCCUGAAGGAUUUGAAUAUGCAGCAUUAGCUACAAGACGGUGGACUGCAGUAUUGUUUACAGAUAUGUUGUUUGAACGGAUCCCUAAACAUCCAAAGAUGGAGUGGCAAUUGUCCCAAAUUAUGUAUGCAUUGACAACUGGGCAAUGGAUUGACUGAGGAUGGGCUGUGGAAUGGAAGUUUAAUGCCACGAUGAAGAAUAUUGAGUGAGGCAUGACAAUAAUAGGAUUGGACUUGGGCAGCACGUGCAUCUUAGAUAUCUUUUGCAUCAAUUAAAGCAGUGCCUGCAUAUUGUGAUAUCAUUGCGCAGUGACCCAGGGCUCGUCUUCCAUAGCAUCUACUCAUCGCGAGCCGAGCUAACUGAAUCGCCUGGCCACUUGGGGGAAUCAUCAUGAUCCUGGCCAUAGUUAACUUAACUUAGUGAAAUUAAUAGAUUUCUUCGUCAAGGAGCUACCUUUCCAAAUUUGUUCCACAACAUCUACUUUCGUCAAGGC